CACCGUCAUCCACUCGAUCAAACAAAAUGGCAGUCCUCCUCUGCGCAUGCUCAGCGCACCUCUGUCAGGAGGAGGGCAGGGCAGGUAGCUGCCUCCUCAGCCCGUGUGACUGACAGACCCUCUCGGCUUCAGACUGCAGCGUGUGGCGGCAGGAGGCGCGGAGAGACACCGACUGAUCAGAGCCCCGCAGCCCGGCAGCCCUCACCUCUCCCCGGCUGCUGCUCACACGGAUCCCCGCUGCACUUUGACCGGACACUUUGGCUUUCUUUUUUCCGGGAGUUUGUUGGUUUUUAUCACCUGCAGGAGGGGAGACACAGCCCCGCCCCGGACACAGGUGAGAGGGAAACUUCAGCCGCUUUCCAGGCGCACUGAUCCGGAUCUUUACGGACGGAGAGUUUUGAAGAGUUAUGGGUCUCCGGGGGGAACUGGGACUCUGAGCUCCCUGAGCCCGCGGAACUGGACUAACUGGACGCCGAUUUGUUCUCACCUGCACCAUCUGCUCAGCUCCAGGUGCUGAAAAUGUUACACCACAGAAAUAAUAAGAAAUGCUUCACCAUCGAGGCUCUGGUCGGGAAGGAGGCGAGCAGCCGCGGCGGCGGCGGCUCCGGGGACGAGCCCAUCCGGCCCAUGGCGCUCCGGUUCCCGGAGUCCCUGCACCCGGCGACCGCUGCAGCCGCCGCCGCCGCAGGGGUCUUCGGCUCCAGCUUCCAGGGUAACAACGGGAGGACUCUGUACUCCGGGCCGGACAUGUUGCUCCCUGAGCCCGGGACGCACCCGCAGAGCCCCGGCGGGCUGCCGCUGCACCACCCGCUGCACCCGCUGCAGAUCCCCCCGUCGAGCGUCUUCGGCCCGCAUCGGGACGCGCUCUUCUACCCCUGGGUGCUGCGGAGCCACAUGGGCCACCGCUUCCCAGGGGAUGACAGCAGUCCAGAGAACAUGAUGCUUCACGGUCCGUUCUCCAGGAAACCCAAACGGAUCCGGACAGCGUUCUCGCCCUCUCAGCUGCUGCGUCUGGAGCGAGCCUUCGAGAAAAAUCACUACGUGGUCGGAGCCGAGAGGAAACAGCUGGCCAACGGGCUGUGUCUGACCGAGACACAGGUGAAGGUGUGGUUUCAGAAUCGCAGGACGAAGCACAAGCGCCAGAAGUUGGAGGAAGAAUCUCCAGAAGCUCUGCACAAGAGGAAGGGGAGUCAGCACAUCAACCGCUGGAGAGCAGCUACACAGCAGAGCGGAGGAGGAGGAGGAGCAGGGGAGGACGUGGACGUCCUCAGUGAGGACUAGACUGCAGCAAACACACACACACACACACACACACACACACACACACACACACAUUAAGUUACAGUCAAACCGAUCACAGACACUUAAAUUAUCUAAAUGUGCGUUCAGAUGCCUUUAUCUGAAGUUUGGAAAACAAAACUUGUUAAGAGUUUCCACUGAGGCUGUAAAACUUCAGCAAUUAAUUAAGUUUUUCUCGACUAAUCAAAGUGUUGCAGCUUAUUUGUAAUUAUUGGAAAUGAUGUGCAUGAAGUGAGGCACUUUUUUGAUAACUGGUUAAUUUUCUGUGGCCAAAUUUUAGCCUCAAAUGCUGUAAAAACAUGAAGUAAAAAAAAAACGAAAAACAAACAUUAUUAUAUUCCAUAAAAUGGAUGUAAUAGGAUGAUAAUGUUGUCAAAGGAGAACAAGCACUAAAUCAAAAGAAAACAUUGGGGAAAAAAUAUGCAAAAACUUGUGUAAAAGGCAGUUAACACUGAACGCACCAGGAGGCCAACUUUAGCUUUUUUGUGUACCUCUGAUGGUAAUAUGUGAGGAUGAGGUCAAAAUAUUCUGCACAAGGGGAAGAAGUAUGAGCUGUAAGAUCUAUAAUUUUAAAAAAAAGACAAGGAUUUAGAGUCUUUCUGCUCGCUGCAGACUCAAAACUUCAGUUUACCUGCAGCUGAGAGCAGAAUAAACUCCAAACUAUCCUCCUCUCAAGACACUUUAUCAGCUUUUUAAUUUGUCAAUUACUGUUAAUUCACAGUAUCUACAAAGGAGGAGAGACAAACACUGAGGCCACCAUUUGUGACCUUUUGGAUAGUUAGUGAUAAUUCUAUUGGAUCUGGUAAGUCAACAAUCUAACCACAGUAAGUUCACAACUAGUAAAAGUACAAUUACAAACAUGUGUGAUGUGUUCACAUCAAGCACAAAGCAAACUUUUCAUACGGACGAUUAUAUUCAAAUUAAAUGCAAAGAAAGCAAACUGACCCAUAUGUAUUCAUGGCAUGAAGCACGAAUGCAACAUAUGCGUCACGUUUAUGAUGCUGUGUUGCAAAACCCUGAAGCACUGAGCGUCUCCUGCAACCAGACUCCAUUCAGAAAAUAGUCAAUUUAACAGCAGUGUUCUUGUGUCCUUGCACACAGACCUGACAAAGCAUGAAUUCAGACUUUUUCCACAUCACCAUCAUGUUGUAGUUAUUUCUGCAUCCUUUUGAUCCAUUUAUCGACAUUAAAUAAGAGAAAAAUCUGUUUAUUUUGGCUUUAUACUCAUGUAGUAGUAGCAGCAGUCAUCCAGACACAGUUCCUAGAGAAGCUGUGGAUGAAGUUAUGAACGCAGAAACAGCUACUUUUUUGUUUUCUGACUUAUCUGAGACUUUCACAAUAGCUACAGAGCAGCUACGGUUAUUAAGGCUAUGGUUGCGUGAGAAAGACAAAUAAACACAAACGAUCCCGUGGUCAAACUCACAGGGAACACAGCACAAUGCACACUGCAAAAUUCAGUGUGUAAUUACUACUAUUAUACAAUUAUAU